AUGAAGAGUGUAAGAUACAAGGUUGGAGCUGGAAUUGAUACAAUGAUGCGGUUAGUUUUUUGGCUUCCAAAUGGUCCAAUUGUCACCCAGUUACAACUCUUUGAAGUGGAAAUUCUUCAACUGGACGCAUAUGCCUCAGUUGAUAGCCUAAUUUCCAACCUUCAGUGGGUUAUUCCAGAGACAAUUCAGCUCCCUGCAUACUUUCAGUUACAAGUUUUCUUAUCCCAGCUCUACAGAAUUGCCCCACCCUCUACUUCACAUGACACAGUUGAUUGGUUGCCAAGUCCUACACUCAAAUUCUCUCUAGCACAUACCAUGAAUUACUUGACUCCUCCUUCAAUUAUCUUUCCUUGGCACUACCUUCUAUGGUUCAAGUACCAUAUUCCUAAACAUGGUAUCAUUACUUGGUUAGCAGUUAGGAAUAGAUGUUACACCCUAGAUUCAAAGCCCAUGUUGAACAAGCAUAACACAAAUGCUAGUUUGUUGUGUAACUCAGAUUAUGAAUCUUUGGACCACCUUUUCUUCAGCUGCAAUUACAGUUCCCACAUUUGGAGGGUCAUUCAAGAAGUUACAAGAUUCACAUUUCAGCCUCACUCAUGGUCUGACCUGAUUGCUUGGUGCUCUACCCAUUGGAUCUCACAGAAAUUCCUUGUUCACAAGCUUCUUCUUUCUGCUGCAGUAUACUUCCUUUGGAUGGAGAGAAAUUCAAGGGCCUUCAGGAAUAAAUCUUCUUCUCCACAGCAUGUAAUGUCUCAGAUUAAAUCAAGUGUGAGUGCAAGACUUGCUUCUGUUACUCUGAGAUACAGCUCAGACCUCAGCCAAGUAGUGUCAUAUAAUGAUCUACAAAUCCUAUGCUUCAAAGGCUGUUCUAUCACUGCUGGACACUCAUGGCUGAUGCCCUAG